GCAUCUCUAAGGGUACAAAGAUCUAUACACAAAAAAAUUAUGGUGUCCUCUUUUGCUUACUUCUUGUUUACAAUCUUGCUAGUCUUUUCCUUUCAACCAUCUCUCCAACAUCCAUUGUAUCCGAGAGAUGAAUGCCUUGCUUUGUUACAAUUCAAGGAAAGCUUUGUCAUUAAUAAGUAUGCUUCUUCUGAUGAUCCAUUUGCUUAUCCAAAAGUCAAUCUUUGGAAAUCCCAAGGGAUGGAUUGCUGCGCUUGGGAAGGCAUAUGGUGUGACCAAGAAACUGGUCAUGUUAUAGGCCUUAAUCUUAGUAGCAGUUGUCUUUUAGGUUCUAUCAAUUCCAAUAGUAGCCUCUUCCACCUCAUUCACCUUCAACACCUUAAUCUUGCCUUCAACAACUUCAAUCAUUCUAUGAUUCCAUAUGCUUUUGCAAAUCUUACAAGUUUAAAUUAUCUCAACCUCUCUAAUUCUUUCUUUUCUGGACAAAUACCAUCUGAACUUUCAAAACUUGCUAGCUUAUCGAUCCUUGACCUAACUCCCAACGAUGACCCUUUAGAUGAAGGAUUGUUGGAAUUGAAAAGGCCAAACCUGAGAAGCCUAAUAGAAAAUCUAACAAGCCUAGAAUACCUUCAUCUCUCUUGUGUCAAAAUAAAUUCCAGAAUUCCUAGUAUCUUAGCAAAUAUGUCCUCCUUGAGGUCCAUCCAUCUUAGUAAUUGUGGAUUGUAUGGAGAGUUUCCAAAGGCAAUUUUCCAACUACCAAAAAUUCAAGUCCUUAAUUUGACUUACAACCUAGGUCUUACAGGUAAUUUGCCUGAGUUUCACUCUCCUAGCCAUCUGAUCACUCUUGAUGUUUCCUUCACUAGUUUUUCUGGUAGGUUACCAACCUCAAUUGGAAUGUUGAGCUCUUUGGAGUAUUUGGGUGCUGGGGAUUGCAACUUCUUGGGCUUAUUACCACCUUCUCUUGGUAAUCUUACCAAGCUCCAAACCUUGUACCUUAGUAAUAAUUCUUUAAGGGGAGAAAAAGUUCCUUUCUUUUCAAAUCUAACCCAACUAACUUCCAUAUCUCUUAGCCGAAAUCAAUUCACCUUUCUUGAGAUCCCUUCUUCUUUUGCUAGCCUGACUCAUCUCCAAAGUCUGCGCCUUUCCUACAACCACAUAACGGGUUAUUUUCCAUCUUGGAUUACAAACAUGAGCCAGUUGACUUGUUUGCGCAUCCGGGAAAAUAUGUUACAAGGAUCUCUUCCAAGGUCCAUUUCCAAACUCAAGAAUAUUAAGCUAUUCGAUGUUGAGUCAAAUAACUUCACUGGUAUAGUUGACAUCAAAACAUUACUUGAGUUCAAAUACUUGAACUACUUGGACUUGUCUGGUAACAAUUUUUCAUUACUAAUCAAAACUAGGAAUAGUAGCAACACCAAUUUUGCAAAGUUGACAGCGCUAGGACUUGGUUCUUGUAAUCUAAAACAGUUUCCAAGCUUUUUGCAUUACCAGAACCAACUAGAGAUUCUUGACCUUUCUUCCAACAACAUUGCAGGCCAUAUACCAAAAUGGAUAUGGGAAUUGAGUAAAAAUUUGUGGUUUUUGGACCUCUCCAAAAAUUCAUUGACAAACUUUGAAAAUUUUCCAAUUUCCCUUCUGUCACCAAGUUUGGAGUUGCUAGACCUUAGUGUUAACAUGCUUGAAGCUCCAUUACCAAUCCCACCACUCUCCAUCAUCUUCUUUUUAGUUUUUGAAAAUAAAUUCAAUGGAGAAAUUUCACUUGAAUUUUGCAAUAGAACUUCUCUCAAAGUUCUUGAUGCAUCUAGCAACAACUUGAAUGGAACUGUCCCACAAUGUAUUGGUAGCUUUAGUAAGUCCUUGUCGAUUUUGAAUUUGGGAGAGAACAGCUUUGAAGGCCCAAUUCCGACAACUUGGGAGGCUGGAAACAAUCUAAAGGUGAUUAAACUGGGAAACAAUAAUUUGCAGGGGAAGCUACCAAGAUCAUUGGCCAACAGUAGAAUGCUAGAGUUUCUUGAUCUUGGGAACAAUCACAUCAAAGAUACCUUCCCUUCUUGGUUGGGAACUCUUUCAGAAUUGAAAAUUCUCAUUUUGCGAUCCAAUGGACUCUAUGGUGCAAUCAAUGUUUCAGAGUCAGAUUCCUUGUUUCCUAACCUUCGAAUCAUUGAUCUUUCUCAUAAUGAAUUCACUGGCCUUCUACCAACAGAAUACUUCAAGAGAUGGAAUGCCAUGGAAGAUUUUGAUGAGAAGAACACAACAUACUGGCAUGCAUAUAGUGACUAUAUUUUGGUGAAUAAUCACAAUUUUGUUAACCCAUUUCCUUAUUCAAUGGUGAUAACAAACAAAGGGCAGGAGAUGGAAUAUCUAAAGAUUUUUGAGAUGUUGUCAGCAAUUGAUCUUUCUUGCAACAAAUUCGAGGGAAAGAUUCCAGAAGUAGUAGGGAGCCUAAAGGGACUUAGACUACUUAAUCUUUCCAAUAACUUCCUUGUUGGCCCAAUCCCACCAACCUUGGGAAAUCUCACAAAUCUUGAAGCUCUAGACCUUUCUCGAAACAAGCUUACAGGAAGCAUUCCUAUGCAGCUAGCACAGCUCAAUUUCCUUGGAGUCUUCAAUGUAUCUCACAACCUUUUAAUAGGACCUAUACCGAAUGGCCGACAUUUUGAUACAUUUGAAAAUAGCUCAUUUGAUGAGAAUUUAGGGCUGUGUGGAUUGCCAUUGUCAAGGAAAUGUGACAACACUAAGGCCUCGCCUCCACCAUCUUCAGCCUUUGAAGUAAAUGGAGACUCUAGAUUGAUAGCUGAAUUUGGUUGGAAAGUAGUUGCAUUGGGUUAUGGAUGUGGAUUCCUUCUUGGUGUGGUGAUUGGAAACAUUGUUUUUGCAAGAAAACGAGAAUGGUUGAUGAGGACUUUCAGAAUCAGGCAGCCAAGGAGGAGAAGAAAAGGGUCUGAAAGAUUGAGUAGGACUAGGAUGACCCAAUGAAGAUGAUAUUCAUCUUUCAGUGCUGGCAUUUCAUUUUAUCUCUUUUUCCUACUUUUCUCUUUUAUUUUUUAUUUUUAUUUUUUAUUUUUUUUGUGGGUUGGGAUGAUAAUUCUAGUACUGUGCAAUACCAAUGUAUUGUGUGGAUUGUACUUUAAAGCUGCAUGAAUGAAUUCCA